UAUCGCAUAGAAAACAUAGCUAAUAGCAGCCACACACAACCUAGCGCUAUAGGAUUUGCAAAAGACGAAAACAGUGAAAGCGGUGUGAAAAAAGCAGGCGAACAGAGAUAAGAAACAAAAUACAAAAGUCAACGCAAGCAGCAGCGGCGCAGCGUCAACUCAGCGCUAGCCGCUGGGGCUCUUUUUAAAUGGAUUAAGCGUUGCUCACACAACCAGAUAACAAUACGCCAGGGGGAAGCGAAGCGUGAGCGCGGACCGGACCGGAGCAGAUCAGAACGGAGCCAUGUCUUCGGCCGUCAAUAUACAAAUCGUAUCGAUGCCGAAUCUGGCCAAGAUCGAGAGCUUUUUCAAGGAUGUCAGCUAUCGCGAAACGAUCGAAUAUAGCGCCAAUUUCAACACACGCCUCUGCAUCGAGCGGCGACUGCGGCUGCCAUUUCUCGAUCCACAGACAGGCGUUGCACAGAAUCACUCCCAGCUGUUCAUGGACAAGCGACAACGAAUGCCUGGCUUUCGCCAAGGCCAAAUCUACACGUAUCCCGCGGCACGUUGGCGCAAAAGUCGGCGUCAGUACUUGACCAAGAUGUACAGUCGAUUUCCCGAGCGCCCCUUUCAGGCGCUGCGCAAAGAGCACGAGGCAUUGGUGGCCAGUGGCAUAAAUAUUGGGUGCACUGGUGCCAGCGGCACCGCCAGCAUAGCCAGCACCAACAGCAGCAGCUCAACGUUAAGCCUGCCCAACAUGCUGACGGGCGCGGGCGCAUCGACAACGCCAACAGUGCUGAGUACGCUACACAACGAUACGACGCACGAUUUUAACGGUGCGUUCAGCAUGGAGGAGUCUUGUUCGCUGGGCGCCGCCGGCGGCGACACCUCCGACAGCAAAGACAGUCAAUUGCAAACACAGCAGCAGCAACAUCAGCAGCAGCAGCAGCAGCAACAAUCAAAAGAUGAUCUGCCCAAGGAGUGGUUCUACGAUGAAAUGGACAUGAACGACGUGGACUCGCUGGAGGAGCCAAAAUCACCGGCUGACGAUGAAUACGACUAUGAUCCGCGAUAUGGUAAUAAAAAGCGGCGCAAACGUCGACCGGGCAAGCGUGCAACGAUACACGCCAGCUGCGAAACUGCCAGCACCAGCAAUAGUAACAGCGCGCGACGACGCAGCGCUGUGACGCGGACGCGUGUUACCACGACAGAUGCGGCGCUGGAUGCGUCACUGGAAGCAAUAGAGGCAGGCGAUAUUGGCGGCACACCGACAUCUAGCGGUGGGCGCAGAUCUCGCGGCGCUGGCACACGGGGCAGGCGACGUGCCAAAGGCGCAACAACUGGCAGCACCACAACUAACGCCAGCGGCAUGCCCAGCAAUACAUGUGAUCCGCCCAGUCCGGGCCUGGUUAAUGAGCCACCAUCUUUCGAAAGUGCCGCCGCCGCUGUUGGCGUUGGUGUCGGCGUUGGCGUCGAGGAUGGCAAUGCGCACUUGCGCAAUUAUCGCAAGUAUCUGUAACGCUAGGAUCAGCCCAUGGUGGCCCAUAGAUGGCAUUUUGCAUGGACCACAUUCACCCACUACCCAAACUACCUAUCAGUCUAUCUACUUAUCUGUUUAUUGAAUUCGUUUCCUAAACGGUGAUUACUAUUUUUUUCAACAUAUGUAAUUUAAAGUUAGUUUAAGGCUUAGUUUAUUAGUUCCUUAUUCGAGUCCAGCACCUGAACCGACCCGAUCCGACCAGACCAGACUAACCAGGACGAAACCACCAAAAACACAUCCGAGCAGGCGUAGCUAAAUUUGUAUUCUACUGGUAACUCUGUCGCCUAUCUAAUUGUACGUUCCCAUAGCCAAUUGAUUGUUGAUAAUCUAACGUAUACACAUUAAUAUAUAGAAUAUACAUAGGUAUAUUUAUAUAUAUAUAUAUAUAUAUAAAGCAACUUUACUUAAACUAAAAUGAACGCUGCGGCCAAAUCAAUCGCAAUCUUCAAACGGUCAUAUUCAAUUAAUUUUCUUUCAAUCUUGAUUUGUGCUCUUUUUUUUUGUUGUUUUUUCUCUUUAAUUUAAUUUAAAUGUUAAGUUGAAAUUUUAAAUUCAUUGGCGUAAUGUAUUCUUAGGCAGUGUGGUAGGGUUUAGGGUUUCAGUCCAGUCCAGCGCAAAAAAAAAAAAA